GAAGUAGCGAUACACAGGCAGUUGUUAAUUGAAAUGGAUAUAAUUUGGACUGAAAAACAACUUUACGGUCCCACAGUAUAAAACAGAGCUCUGGCCGGGGGUGGGGCGGCAGUGGCUUUUACAGUACAACAUAUGGAGCAUCUUUGGAAGCGAAAGCGCACCAUGUUGGAGAGGGAGAGCUGCGGCUGGACGCCCCUCAACUCCUGACGAACGCGAGAUGCAGGGCAAGACUGGAGCAGCGCGUAACGGAGUGACUUAUGUGGAGAUCCACCUGACCAACAGGCUGCCGUCAGCCUCCACACACUCCGUUCAGCGCGGCUCUUUACAUGCGUGCGUAUCGGAUUUGUACAAUAGCGCGGAGCAGCGCGUCCUGGACGGAGUCUCCUGUUGUUAAAGGCUUGAGCGUACAUUCAUGCCAGCAUCCAACCAGUUCGGGAUGCAUAUGUGAACAGUUGGGAUGGAUUCGUUUAACGCCAGCGGAAUGGACGCGUUCACGGUGAUCCAUUUGAAUUCCUCCUGGAGCCUGGACAGCGGAUACUCUUUAGCAGCUAUAGCUGGAAUUGCUGCCCUUGUAAGUUUUCUCAUUCUUUUCACCAUUGUUGGAAAUAUUCUGGUGGUAAUCGCUGUGUUAACGAGCAGGGCACUGAAAGCCCCCCAGAACCUUUUUCUGGUGUCUCUGGCCACCGCGGACAUCCUCGUCGCCACUUUGGUGAUGCCGUUUUCUCUGGCGAAUGAACUUAUGGGUUACUGGUAUUUUGGAAAAGUUUGGUGUGGCAUUUAUCUGGCUCUGGAUGUUUUGUUCUGCACUUCUUCUAUUGUGCAUCUGUGUGCUAUAAGCCUGGACCGGUACUGGUCUGUGACGCAGGCUGUAGAGUACAAUCUGAAGCGGACUCCUAAACGCGUCAAGUGCAUCAUCCUGAUCGUGUGGCUGAUAUCUGCCUUCAUCUCCUCUCCUCCGCUCGUAUCUAUCGACAGCAACAACGACGUGAGCUCUCAGCCUCAGUGCCAGCUGAAUGAUGACACUUGGUACAUUCUGUCCUCCAGCAUCGCGUCCUUCUUCGCUCCCUGCUUAAUUAUGAUUCUGGUGUACAUCAGAAUAUACCAGGUGGCCAAAACCAGAACCAGAAGCAUGUCGGGAAAAAAAUCCAGGCCAGAUGGUGUGACACAAACUGAGAACGGACUGAGCAAAGCCACCUCCCCAUUCCAUGGCGAGAGGGAGAAUGGUCAUUGUCACUGCCCGCCUACGCCCAGCCAACGCACGGCCACCGUGGGCCAGCAGACUGAGAGCCCUGACAUGGACCAGAGCUCCUCCUCAGAAGAUAAAGGUCACAGAUCCCAGCCCCAGGACUCCCAGAGAACCAAAAGGGCUGGUACAAGCAAAGGCUCCCUCUCCAAACACUCCACUGGCAUCUCCAGAGUCAGCAACAAGUCCAAAGACCUCUUUGCCUCUCGGAGGAAACGUCGACGGAGCUCCUUAGCCAGAAAAAAGGCCUCUCAAGCCAGGGAGAAGAGGUUUACAUUUGUCCUAGCUGUGGUUAUGGGGGUGUUUGUUGUGUGCUGGUUCCCCUUUUUCUUUAGCUACAGCUUGUACGGUGUAUGUAGGGAUUCCUGUAAGAUUCCCGACCCACUGUUUAAAUUCUUUUUCUGGAUUGGCUACUGUAACAGCUCCCUCAACCCUGCCAUUUACACCAUCUUCAACCGAGACUUCCGGCACGCCUUCCAGAAGAUCCUUUGCAAGUCGUGGAAGAAGUCCUUUUAGAUGUGAAGUGGAGCUGCUGCUUCACGCUGACAAUCUUACAGGAAAUAUCAAAGUGGAAAAAAAAAAAAACAGAAUGCUAUUGUGUUUGUUACUGCCACUUGUUAUAUGUCAUUGUCCUGUAAUAUUCCAGUCAUGGCAGCACACACAAUGGAUCAUCACACACUAGACCAGGGGUAUCAAACUCAUUUCAGUUCAGGGGCCACAUUCAGCCCAAUUUCAUCUGAAGUGGGCCAGACCAGUAAAAUCACAGCAUAAUAACCAAUAAAUAACCACAACUCCAAAUUUUUCCGUUGUUUUUGUGCAAAAUAGUACGUUCUGUAAAUGUUCACAUUUCAGGUAUUAUCUUUUUACAAAACAUUACGAACAACCUGAAUUUUUUUUCGGAAAAAAUAAUUCAAUUUCAUCAGUAUUAUGACUCAGUUUAUCAUUUACACAUUACAACUGACAGAUGACAGACAAUCUACAAAGACACAAAACAUUUAGCCAUCUGGAACUGAACAAUAUAGUGUUUUAGCUUAUGAUCAAAAUGACAAAAGUCAAAUGAAAAAAAGACAAAAAACAACGAAAAUGAGACAAAAUAUUACAAAAAGGUACACAAAACAACAAAAUCGAUAAACAAAAUGACAAAAAAAUCAGACAAAACAAAACAAGACAGAAUUAGACAAAAAAUUACAAAGCGACAAAAAAAAUGGACUAAUGACAAAGACGAGACAAGAAAUUACACAAAUGACACCAAACAAGACAAAAGUGAGAAACAAAACAGCAAACAAGUAGACAAACAAGACAAAAAACACACAAAAUGACACAAACAAUACACAAAGCAAGGAAUAAAAAAACGCAAAGUGACAAAAAUAGGACAAAAAACAUAAGCGGGACAAAAAGGAAACACUAAAACGACAAAAAUCUGACAAAAAAAGACAAAAUAUUACAAAAACGAGACACAAAAAGGCAAAAGAACAAUGAGCAAUCUAGUAGUUUAUGAUCAAAACAACCUGUCAAGGUGUAUUUAAAAUGUCUAAUUUUACAAAUGUACAAUGUGCAGUUAAUGUCUUCUCUGUAAUUUUUACACUGUGGGCCGGAUGUGACCCCCUGGAGGGCCGGUUUUGGCCCACGGGCCUUAUGUUUGACACCCCUGCACUAGAGCAUCACACACUGGACUGUCACACACUGGAUCACCUGCUGUAAACUCUGACAGAUUGUUUUCAUGAACACAGUCAUUCUUGAACUGCCACAUUCAUGUGCCGUCUUUACUAGCAUUUCAUCAUUGAUAAAGCUCUUUAUAUCCACAAAAGAUAGCUUGCCAUGUUGAUUUAGAAAUAUGCAACAUAAAAGCACAGAAGGUUUGAAAUCUUGCUUAUCACAAAGGGACACUUGUCAAAUCAGUUGUGGUGUAAAUGAACAGCUUGAUAUUUAGGGAAAUACGUUCAUUGGCUUCCACUGGAGAAUGAAUCUAAUGUCUGUUUGGUACGUAUGCAGCUGGAGCAACCAGCCAGUGAGUUUACCUCAGCAUAAACACUAAAAACUAAGACAAACAGAUGGCCGGAUUCUCUCCAAAGGUGGCACUAUUUACUGAAGUUUAGAAAUGAUCCCUAUCAUGUCUUGUUUGGCUAAAAAAGUGAAGCGUAAAACAACAACCUGCUGCUUAACGUGGGAUUCAGUUCGUCCCUAUUGGGAGACACUAAGUACAUUUUUGUUUUUGUUAUCAGCCCACUUAAUGGUCAUUAUCAGUUGAAAUCACUCCCAAAGAUAUGACUAAUACAAGCUGUUUAUUCACAUCUGACAGUGUCUUCUACAGCUAUUACCUACAGUCUGGGUUUGCUUCUGUUUUCUACUAGCGGAGUAAGUUAUAGCACCCUCUGGCCCACUAAUGGGUCCAGUUUGUCCAAUCUGAGCCAUAUUUAUGGGUUUGAUGACAACUGGUAACAGUCUUUUAAUGAGCUAACACUCAAGUCCGGUGCACUGAUCUUCUCAUCUAACUCGGCUGAAAUGCAAAUAAAUGUUUCCUAAAAUGUAAAACUAUUCCUUUAAAAAUGUACGUGGAAAAGCAGGACUAGACUUGAAGCUUAUGUGAAGUCUGUGUUGUGUUUUAUUCACUUGUUUAAAUCCAGUCAGUACAAAAGAGUUCAAUCUGCAUACUCUCAUAUAGCCGAGGUCUCCAUUGUCACGUUUAGAUUGUCUAUAUAUUUAAAAUGAGGCUUGAGCAAUUUAACCAAAUAGUUAAACUGGCUAAAAGUAUCCACUCUUUUACAAGAACAAGAGGGAUAUACAAGAAAAGGCUGAAAAUAUUAUGCAGAAACCGAAAUCUUGGUGAUGAUUUGUGAAGCCCAACGCCCUGAUUGAGGACUGUUGUUAGAUUUCAGCCAUGUUUUAUUUGUUUUCUUGCCCAGUUCCUGUUUGCGUUGUCAGCUUAUAUAUGUAUCUAGAGAAUCUAAAAAAAAAAAAACAAAGUUGAAGGAGUAGCAGUUUAAGGGUCAUUCCAGAAUUGGAGGACAUUUUUACAUUUUUCUGCUCCAUAUUCAUCAAUAACAGCUACUAAACUAUCAAAGGAUUGAUUGGCUCAGCUUACACAUCAAUGCUUCCAUUUUUAUCCCAUUAAAAAGGAGAUUUAAAUGUAAUUUUAACUGUUUUAUUUGGGACUCAAUUUGGUCAUCGGGGGGGGGGACAAGAGAAAAAAUGAAUUUUAGGGGGAACUCCAGACUUAUUUGGUAUUUUCAAAAAUAUUUUGUUAAUAUUUCUUUUGUCAUUUUGCACAUUAAUUAUUUGAAAUUUGAUAGUGGGAUGUAAAAUGUCCUCUAAUUCAGGAAUGACCUUUAACUUUGCCCUUAAGUACCUGUGUGCUGUGAGUGUCAUCACGGUUAUUUGUAACACAGCUGAUAAAUGGAAUGGAAGAACAGCAGAGUAACUCACUGUGGGUCUUGGUUAUUGGCCUCUGCUGCACAUUUUUGAUUUUAUAACAGUACUAAUAAGGGCUGAUGCUGCAGAUUAUAAGCUAAUCAUUUUUAUGAUGUGCAAAAGAGGUCACUAUUUUCACAGUAACCCUAAACUACUGAGUAUUUCCUGAUAAAUGCAUUCAUUUUGCACUUUUUUUUAUGAAACUACCUCUGUUUUCUUUUGUUUUUGUUGCUGAUUUUAUCUUGUCUUUUUCUGCAAUGUGCAGUAGACAACUCACCUCCACUUAAGCUUUUGUGCAAAAAUAAAGAUGAAGAAGACAAAGUCCUA